AUGGUCAGGUCUGUCCUAUUGGCCAUUCCUAUUUACUGUAUGUCAUGCUUCAAGAUACCCUUUGUUGUUGGUAAGAAUAUUGAUAACCUACUCAGGAAAUUUGUUUGGGAGGGUGCAAAAGACACAAAAAAGAUACCACUCAUUAACUGGGAAACCAUGUGUUUACUAAAAGAGGAUGGUAGAGCCAGACUAAGGAAAAUGGAACUACAAAAUAGUGUGUUGGGAGCCAAGUUAUCUUGGAAGAUGUAUACAGAACCGCAGAAACUAUGGUGCAAAAUAUUCAAGAAGAAAUAUUUAGACUCCGAGAACCCUUGCCGAAUUCUCACUAUGGCAAACGCAGACCGGGGAUCUGCCACAUGGAACUUUCUUUGGGAUUGUAGAUUCAUUAUAACUAAUCACAUUUCAUGGCACAUUGGUAAUGGCAAAUCUGCAAAAUUUUGGAGGGACUCAUGGGAUGGUGCACCUGCACUAUCAAAUAGUUUUAAUCAUGACUGGAUUGAUCUUGUCGAGUCUACUUAUGGUGUGUUUUUCAAUUAUUACUUCGAGCAGAAUAUGGAAUAG